UCCUGAAAAGAAAUUGUCUACAGCCUCAUUCAAACAAAGCCCCAACACUUCAAGUCUCACUCUGCACAGCAUCACCCUCGUCUACAGUCGUCCCGUGCCACCAAUACAGCGAUCGCCACUCCAUCCUUUUGCCUAUGGCUUCGUUGCUCAAGAAACAGAAUGGAAGGUUACUGUUCGAUGCAAAAAAAGCUCAUUUCUUUAAGAUAAUACUUGAUCGGAGCAUUCGUGAUGGCAAACUUGGUAUUCCAAAGAAAUUUGUAAGAGAAUAUGGAAAUCAUCUGUCAAGUCCUGUACUCCUUAAGGUGGGGAAUGGUAAAACUUGGAAAAUUGGGUUAAGUAAAUGUGAUGAUGGGAUUUGGUUGCAAAAGGGUUGGCAAGAAUUUGUACAUCAUUAUUCUUUAGUACACGGGUACUUGCUAGUUUUUGAAUUUCAUCAAAGAAAUACUUGUCAUUUUAACGUAAUUAUAUUCGACAAUUCUAGUUUAGAAAUUGACUAUCCAAUGUUUACCCAAAUUGUCAAUGAGCGUAAUCUUGAAGAAGAGUGUCGAGAGCCAAAGAUUAAAGAAAAUGAUGACGGUUUUAAGUCAAAAUCGCCUUGUUACACAAAAAAACUUGAAGUGAAAAGAGGGUAUGGAAGCAUAGCAGAUUCAGACGGGAUUGUGGUAAAGAAACAAAGAUUAAACGAGAAGGAAAAGGCUAGACUUGUGCGUAGAGCAAACGCUAUGUUUGAAUCUACUAAUCCUUACUUCAUGCUUGUAAUGCAACCAUCGUAUAUAUUUUCUUCAUUAGAUAAAGACAAAGACAGAGUGAAUAUACCACCAAGCUUCGCGGUGAAAUACUUUAAGCAGAAGAAUGGUGAAGUAACCCUAAAUGUUUUGGAUGGAAGGAGUUGGUCUGCUAGCUACUCCAUUGUAUCUUCAGGAAACAUAACACAGACAUUGGCAACAAUCUCCCGUGGUUGGAGAAUGUUUGCUAGAGAUAAUCAACUGGAAGUUGGUGAUGUUUGUGCCUUUGAAUUGAUUGAAAACACUAAAACAACAUUUCAAGUUGCCAUUUUCAAAUGUAACCAAGAUGCUGGCCUGUGAAGCUGAAUACUAUCUCUAUUCAUAUUACAAGAGAGGUAAAUUGUUCUGCAACUUGUUUGAGCUGAUUCAUUCAGAGACUAUGCUCAUCAAAGUCUGUUCCGUACCUAAUUUCAUCUCCAAUCUUGAAUCUGUUCUACACUCUAGGUUAAGGAAUAUGACAACUUCUUUGAUUUGCUUUUCUUGGGAUUGAGGACAAUCGUCCACUUUUUUGAAUUGAGGGUAAUCUUAAACCCUAAAUCGUCCAA